UUCGAAUAAUCGUGAAGAAAUCAUUCGAAUAAUUUUUUAUUCGAAUAAAAUAUCAUCUAAAUAAUCAUCUAAAUAAAAUUUCAUUCGAAUAACGCCCUACUCUGCGUCUGUAGGUACAGCAGAGCAGAACGACACCUACUUUUUAACAAUUUAAAUUGUUUUGAAAGUUGAAACCAAUAAAUUCAAAUAGCUGUGCUCUAAAAUAUUAUGCAGUAUAAUAAUGAUGGAUCUCUAAUGUAGAAUAUUAUAGAAAAAUAUUAAAUAUAUGAAUUAUAAAAACAGUGAUAGAUUGAGACAGUAAUAUUACUGUAUAGCACCCAGUGGCGCAAAUGCCCAGGCGCAGGGCCGCAUAUCAAAUGUUGUUUUUAUUUAGAUCAUAGCAACCUAUUUACCUAUUAAUAUACCUAUUUCAUUUUUAAUGAAUUUACUCAGUGUUUUUUUUUUUUUUUUUAAAGUGUCAACAUCUGAGCUUAAGUAAUUUUACCAUGAGAAAUAUGUGCGUAGUCAGGAAUAUAUAAGGUGAUAAAAAUAUCUUAUUAUCUUCGUGUUAUUUUAAUAUUUAUAAUAUCAAAACCAACAUGUUCAUAACUAUAUAAAAGGGAGGGAUAGAGGCAUAUUAAUUUAAUCUGAUUUAUCAGGGCCAUAUUAAUAUGGAUUAUUAUAUUUACAUCUAAAAAAGGGUUCAUUCAGUUUUUUUUUCAGACGACACCAUUGCAAAUAAUGCAAUUACAGUAAUUCCUAGACUAAUUACGAUAAUAAUUACCGUAAAAUAUAAUGGAUUUGUAUAAAGAUAUAGUUUUUGAAGUAUUAUUAGUUUCAAUAAUUGGGUUAUUGGUUAUGGUAACAUCGUCUCUUGAACCUAUUUCUAAAGGGUUUUUUUGCGAUGACGAGACAAUUAAAUAUCCAUAUAAGACAUCAACUGUUGGAAAAACAUUCUUAUGUCUGUUUUAUCUUCUUCUACCAAAUGUUUCGAUAAGUUUGAAGUAUUACUGGACCAUGCAUAACAACAUAAAAAGCUUAUAUGUAAAUAUAAUUUAUUUUUGGUUGGGUGCUGGAUUAGCCCAAAUUACAGUAAAUCUGGGAAAAUAUUACACUGGGCGUUUAAGACCUCACUUUAUUCAUGUGUGUAAACCAAGUAUUGAUUGUAUAUCACAAAAUCAAUUCAUUUCAGAAUACACAUGCACAAAUCCAGAAGUAUCUUUAUCAAAUGAUUCAAGGGCAUCUUUUCCAUCAGGCCAUGCAUGUUUAGCGUUCUAUUCAACAGUAUACACAAUUUUGUAUCUACACAAUUAUAAGAAGAGUGUAGCAUGGGUUAUUAUUCAAUUUGCAUUAUUUAUAUCUGCAUGGUAUACAGCUUUAACUAGAGUCACUGAUAACAUGCAUCAUUGUACUGAUGUAUUAGCUGGUUCAAUUAUUGGUACAUCAUUUGCUAUUUUAAUGAUGUAUGAAAUGAAGACACGGAUUUCUCUAGAAAACGUAAAUGAAGACUGACAUAAAAAUAGUUCAAUAUAAUUUUUUUUUAUCAUAAUAUGUUUACAGCACCAAUGUUA